GGGAACGAGAGCGGUGAUGCGCCCAUGUUGUGUUUUGAGGGGGGGAGAAGGAAGGAAGGAAGCGGAAGAGAGUGAGGAUGAAUGAAGGUGGCUGAGCUGGGGUGAGGGGGAAGGAGAGUCUCCCCCCACACACAAAGCCCAGCUCUUCUGCGCCAGGAGCAAUAAUGGAGAACCCAAUGGGCACAUCAUCUCCCCCUUCCCAUUUUCCAGAAGAUGAUGGCUCAAAAGAGAGCAAUGAUGUUGUCCCACCUGGGUUGAAUCACUCGGAAGGACUCUGCAGUAGCAAUGCCUCCCAAUCUACCAACAAUCCAGAUUUCACAGAGGACUUGGUACAAGCUCAACUGCUACGGAAUGAGUCAUCUAAUAAAGCUGAAAAUAGCGAGCCGAGGCCUGAGGAGGAGCAAAGAACCAAGAGAGGAGGUUGGUCCAAAGGCCGGAAGAGGAAGAAACCCUUAAGAGAUAGCAAUGCUCCUAAGUCUCCCCUCACAGGAUAUGUACGGUUUAUGAAUGAGCGGAGGGAGCAGCUGCGAGCCAAGAGGCCUGAGGUCCCAUUCCCAGAAAUCACCAGGAUGCUGGGAAACGAAUGGAGCAAGCUUCCUCCUGAGGAAAAACGGCGCUACCUUGAUGAAGCAGAUAGAGAUAAAGAACGCUAUAUGAGGGAAUUGGAACAGUACCAGAAGACUGAAGCGUAUAAGGUCUUUAGCAGGAAAGCUCAAGCACGACAAAAAGGCAAAACACAUAGACAAGGUAUUGACCUUUACAACAAGAAUCCGAAAGAAGGCACGCGGCAGGCUGCUCAUAACCAUGAGAAGGAAACUGAUACGAAGGAGAGAUCUGUUUUUGACAUCCCAAUCUUCACAGAAGAGUUCCUGAACCACAGCAAAGCACGGGAAGCUGAACUGCGCCAACUACGCAAGUCCAACAUGGAGUUUGAGGAGAGGAAUGCUGCCCUGCAGAAGCAUGUGGAGAGCAUGCGCACGGCAGUGGAGAAGCUGGAGGUGGAUGUGAUACAGGAGCGCAGCCGCAACACUGUGCUCCAGCAACAUCUGGAGACCUUACGGCAGGCUUUGGCCAGCACCUUUGCCGGAGUCCCAUUACCAGGAAGUGGAGAAACCCCCACAAUGGACACUAUAGAUGCAUAUAUGAAUCGGCUGCACAACAUCAUCUUGGCGAAUCCACAGGAGAAUGAGAAUCUUAUAGUCACCGUUCGGGAAGUUGUGAACCGCCUUGAACGCUAGCAACCUGGCUCAACCAAGCCAGAGAGGUCUCAGCUGAGGAGUGGAACUAAGAGCGCCUAACCCAUUAGUAUUAUGGAGAAACAAACCAAAACGAAGUCUAUACUGGCUCGGUCUUUGCCCAGGAUAAAAAGGACUGUGGUGGAUGCUGCCGAUUCUGGAUAUCCAUUGACAAGUGGGCUACGGAAUCAAAAUACAAAUGAACAGCCACAGAAGCAGCAGAAAUAUACAAUGCCAGAAAACCGCACAAUAAUAAUAAUAAUAAUAAUAAUAAUAAUAAUAAUAAUAAUAAUUGCAUUCUCCUCAGAAGAGUUUACAGAAUAUCUAGUAGGAAACAUGCUGCAGACAGGAAAUCCAAUGGGUUGCAAGGCAGGAGUAUCCAGGUGCUGGGUGACAAAACCCAAGAGCUACAGGAAGUCCCCUUUGAUGUCAGGAAUCAUGAGAUUUGGCAGCUCAAGUGGGGUCAAACUGCACUAAAUCCACAGUGUAGAUGCAGAAGGGAGAAAACAGUAGCAUUGCAGUUGUAUUUGUAAGACUAGGAAGUCAGUGAAUGGAGACUGUUUUGUCAAUGUUCCACGAUUUGGUUGGAUCCAUGUUUCUGACUCAUGCGGAGAGAAACAUGUGGCUCUUUCCGCCGUCAAGAAGCGCGAUGAUAUUCCUGCUUUGAAGUUUGCCAUUUAAAUAACCUCCUAGGGCUGUGGCAAUGUAGAAAAGAAGGGAAUGGGGAACUAUUUCCCUCCCUCCCUUUCAGAUUCAUAUUUUUCAAUCAGGCAGUAAAAUGAAAAUUAGGAAAAAAAAGUGCGCAUCUCCUCUAGCUAGACCCCACGACGGGAGCGGAGAUGCAAAGAUGUCGCUGUUCAAGCGCACGUUCCCGGCGGUGAUGAACGAUGCUCGCUUUGGGCUCGCUUUCCCUGAGUCAGCACCCGUCAUUCACGGAGCACGAUUUACGAACCAAUAAACUUCCCUGUAAGCAUGGCGAGAGUUAUUUUAAUUUGGUGCGUAAUUUAUAAGGUUCAUGCCUCCUCGGAGAGAUGUGUUUUCUGCCAGCAAGAAGGAUGGGACACAAGAUGCAACCUUUCCCUGCUACCCGUUAGGCCUGGAGACGGUCGCUAAUAUUCGCUUUCAGCUUCCAUUUUCAGGUUAAGGUUUAAUGGUUCCUCUGGACCAGAAUUGUAAGGCAGGAGUGAGCAACAUCUGGCCUGCCCUUCUUGUCCAAAAAAAUUGGAUAACAUUGAAUUGUGUUUCCUGGAACCUACCAGGAAAAAGCAAUGCAUUUUUUAAAUAGGUUGCAACCUCUCUUGUGUUGUUGUUGGACUUCUGCUUCCAUACCUCACAACCUCUGAGGAUGCCUGCCAUAGAUAUGGGCGAAACGUCAGGAGAGAAUACUUCUGGAACAUGGCCACACAGCCCGAAAGACAUACAACAACCCUUCUGCUUCUGUUUCUGCUUUCUGGUUCAUCUCCUGGUUCUUCUUCUGCUUCUGGUUCUGUUUUCUCCAGUUCUUCUAGUUCUUUUGGUUGUUUUUCUGGUUUUUCUUCUGUUUCUUCUUCUACUGGUUCUCCUUCUAGUUCUUCUUUUGGUUCUUCUGUUUCUGCUGCGUCUUCUUCUGGUUCUUCUCCUAGUUCUUCUGGUUCUGGUUCUGUUUUUUUCCAAGUUCUCCUUGUUCUGGUUCUUCUGGUUCUCCUUGUUGUGGUUCUUCUGGUUCUUCUUCUGGUUCUUCUUCUGUUUCUUCUGGUUUUUCUUCUGGUUCUUCUUCUGGUUCUUCUUCUUCUUCUUCUUCUUCUUCUUCUUCUUCUUCUUCUUCUUCUUCUUCUUCUUCUUCUUCUUCUUCUUCUUCUUCUGGUUCUCUUUCUGGUUCUCCUUCUGGUGCCUCUUCUGGUUCUUCUUUUCAUUCUUUUGUUUCUGCUUCUUCUUCUUCCGUUUCUUUUAUUUCUUCUUCUGGUUAUUCUUCUUCUACUGGUUCUCCUUCUGUUUCUGCUGCUUCUUCUGUUUCUUUUGUUUCUGCUUCAGGUAGUACUUCUUCUUCCGGUUCUUCUUCUGGUCCUUUUUGGUUCUUCUUCUGAUUCUUCUGUUUCUGCUUCUGGUUUUUCUGGUUGUUCUUCUGGCUUUUCUGGUUGUUCUUCUGUUUCUGUUUUUAGUUCUUCUUUUGUUUCUUCUAUUUCUGCUUCUUCUACUGGUUCUCCUUUUGGUUCUGUUUCUGCUGCUGCUUCUUCUUCUACUGGUUCUCUUGGUUCUUUUUUGGUUCUUCUUCUGUUUCUCCUUCUUCUGUUUUUGCUUUUGGUUCUUCUGCUUCUCCUCUUCCUUUUUUUUUAAAGCAUACUAUAUAUACUCAUGUAUAAGUUGACCCCAUGUACAAGUUUAGGGUAGGUUUUUGGAUUUUGAUUUUGAGCCACAGAUAGGUCAGGAGGCACUCUUGGAGAUGGAAAGACAGAGCUGGGACCUGAUAGGGACAUUCUUGAAUAUCUCAAGGUUCUUCUUCAUCUUCUCAUGUAGAAGAUGAAGCAAGCUUGCUCUCUGCUGCUCUAGAAAAUGAACCAAUGGAUUCAAAUAUCAAGAUUCGACUUAGGAGGAACCUCAUUACAGUAAAUCAAUUGGAUACCUAAAGAUUUGCUAUGGAAAGACAUAUCAACAGUGAGCAGAAUGGAAAGGUGUCUUUUCCCAAUUCCUCCGAAGCCAAGGAUAAAUAAAAGCCCAGGGAUGUUGAGUCUGAUGCUCUGAGCUCCUUUUUGUUCCCAUCCUCUCCUUCCAUUCCUCAUUGCCGCCCUGUAAUUGCAUUAUGGAUUGGCCAUAACUGUAAAACAUCAUUGUGUAAACGCAUUCGAUAUUAUGUCUUGUUAUUAAUUUCGAAACGCGGUGCCACGAUUCCGCGGCGAUGUGAUUAAAACCGUAAAGCAUUAUAUUAACGUGCUCUGUAAAAACAAUUCGUUACGGUUGCGUUUCGGCCCCCCUCUGGUUUUUUUUUUACCAGUUUCCAGCCAUUUGAGGAAAUAAAUUCCUGCUCUCCACAGGUAUAGAUAAAUGGAGGGUUUAAGCUGCGGGAGGUGAAAAUGGUGACGGAAUAAAGGAAAAGAUGAGCCAGCAUUGUAUAAUGGUUUAAGGGUUGAGCUAAGAGACUAAAGUAGGAAUCUCCAUUAGAGAUUGGAGUAAUAAUAAUGGUUGUUGUUGUUGUUGUUGUUGUUGUUGUUGUUGUUGUUGUUGUUGUUAUACAAGGGUUAUCCAGAAAGUAGAUUACGUUUUGGAAUUAAAAAUGAACAAAGUAUAGGAGAAAACAUUUACCAUAUGCAGUUGAAAGCCACACCCAAUACCACUUUUCAACAUAGUCGUCAUUCAAAUCUAGGCACUUAUCAUAGCGAUGAAUGAGCUUGGCAACUCCUUCCCCACAAAACUCUGCCGCUUGCGUCCUCAACGCAGCUUUUUGGCGACGAUGCGCAGCUGCCCGAAGGGGUGACUGGCUGGUUGAGGAAGCUGGAACCAGAAGCUGGAAAAUGUUAAAUUGCCUCUGUGUCUGUGUCUAUAUGUCGUAUGUCUAAUGGCAUUGAAUGUUUGCCAUAUAUAUGUGCAUUGUGAUUCACCCUGAGUCCCCUUCAGGGUGAGAAAGAAGGGCGGAAUAUAAAAACUGUAAAUAAAUAAUAAUAAAUAAACGAA